AGCGGAAGUGCGGAAGAGCCGGUUUCCGGGGCCACUGGUGUGACGUGUCCUGAGCUUGGCGCAGCAGGAAGCGGCGGUGAUCGCGGCCUGAGUUCCCGGCGGCGGCCCCGGCUCCUUUCCCGCUGCCGCCAUGCUCGACUUCUUUACCAUUUUCUCCAAAGGCGGGCUCGUGCUCUGGUGCUUCCAGGGCGUGAGCGACUCAUGCACCGGGCCGGUUAACGCGUUGAUUCGUUCCGUGCUGCUGCAGGAAAGGGGAGGUAACAACUCCUUCACCCAUGAGGCACUCACACUCAAGUAUAAACUGGACAACCAGUUUGAGCUGGUGUUUGUGGUUGGUUUUCAGAAGAUCCUAACACUGACCUAUGUAGACAAGUUGAUAGAUGAUGUGCACCGGCUAUUUCGGGACAAGUACCGCACUGAGAUUCAACAGCAAAGUGCUUUAAGUCUAUUGAAUGGCACUUUUGAUUUCCAAAAUGACUUUCUGCGGCUCCUUCGCGAAGCAGAGGAGAGCAGUAAGAUCCGUGCUCCUACUACCAUGAAGAAAUUUGAAGACUCUGAAAAGUCCAAAAAACCUGUGAGGUCCAUGAUUGAGACACGGGGUGAAAAGCCCAAGGAAAAAGCAAAGAACAGCAAAAAAAAGGGGGCCAAGAAAGAGGGUUCUGAUGGCCCUUUGGCUACCAGCAAAGCAGUCCCCACAGAAAAGUCAGGUGUCCCAGUGGGGCCUGAGAAUGGGGUGGAACUUUCCAAAGAGGAACUGAUCCGUAGGAAGCGAGAAGAGUUCAUUCAGAAGCAUGGGAGGGGUGUGGAGAAGUCGGGCAAGUCCACAAAGUCAGAUGCUCCCAAGGAGAAAGGCAAAAAAGCACCCCGUGUGUGGGCACUGGGUGGCUCUGCUAACAAGGAAGUCUUGGACUACAGCACUCCCACCACCAAUGGAGCCCCCGAGGCGGCCCCGCCUGAGGACAUCAACUUGAUUCGAGGGACUGGGCCUGGAGGCCAGCUUCAGGAUUUGGACUGCAGCAGCUCAGAUGAUGAAGGGGCCACUCAAAACUCCACCAAACCUAGUUCUACCAAAGGGACUCUGGGUGGCAUGUUUGGGAUGCUGAAGGGCCUUGUGGGUUCCAAGAGCUUGAGUCGAGAAGACAUGGAAUCUGUGCUGGAUAAGAUGCGUGACCAUCUCAUUGCUAAGAAUGUGGCAGCAGACAUUGCAGUCCAGCUCUGUGAAUCUGUGGCCAGCAAGUUGGAAGGAAAGGUGAUGGGGACCUUCAGCACGGUGACUUCCACAGUAAAGCAAGCUCUGCAGGAGUCCCUGGUGCAGAUUCUGCAGCCACAGCGCCGUGUAGACAUGCUGCGGGACAUCAUGGAUGCCCAGCGUCAUCAGCGCCCCUAUGUGGUCACUUUCUGUGGUGUUAAUGGAGUGGGGAAGUCUACAAAUCUUGCCAAGAUUUCCUUCUGGCUGCUGGAGAACGGCUUCAGUGUCCUCAUAGCUGCCUGUGAUACAUUUCGUGCUGGGGCCGUGGAGCAGCUGCGGACACACACCCGGCGCCUGAGUGCCCUGCACCCCCCAGAGAAUCAUGGUGGCCGCACCAUGGUGCAGUUGUUUGAGAAGGGUUAUGGCAAGGACGCUGCCGGCAUUGCCAUGGAAGCUAUUGCCUUUGCUCGUAACCAAGGCUUUGAUGUGGUGCUGGUGGACACAGCUGGCCGAAUGCAAGAUAAUGCCCCUCUGAUGACCGCCCUGGCCAAGCUCAUUACUGUCAACACACCUGACCUGGUGCUGUUUGUGGGAGAGGCUUUAGUAGGCAAUGAGGCUGUGGACCAGCUGGUCAAGUUCAACAGAGCCUUGGCUGACCAUUCUAUGGCUCAAACGCCUCGGCUCAUUGAUGGCAUUGUGCUUACCAAAUUUGAUACCAUUGAUGACAAGGUGGGAGCUGCUAUUUCCAUGACCUACAUCACAAGCAAACCCAUCGUCUUUGUGGGCACUGGCCAGACCUACUGUGACCUACGCAGUCUUAACGCCAAGGCUGUCGUGGCUGCCCUCAUGAAGGCUUAAAGUGGCUCUUGCUGAAUACCAAAAUCACCGCUUCCCUCCAAAGCCCCCAUCCCUGUAUCAAGAACGUGCUUUAGAGUAUGUGAGCAACUUGUCUUCAGUGUAGUUUAAAGGCAGAGUGAGGGGAGCAUUGGGGACUUGCAGCCCUGACCCCACUCCCCGUUCAGCCGAGCCUCCAUCUCCAAGGAGGGCCUAAUCAUGUUACAGUCACUGCCCACUACCUGCACCCCCCGGGACCUCUCCGUUCCUACUCAGGCACCCCUUUACUCUGUCUACGGACUUGGUCUCGUGACAGUUUUGACCUGGUUAGAACAUCCAACACCAGAGCUUUGCUGCAUAGUGUGGUCAUGGGGCUGUCUGAGCAGUUUCCAGUUUUCCAGCUUUCAGAGCCAGCUCUUAGGUCUCAAGUGGCACCUCUUCCUAGGAUAUACAGCUUUCAGGUCCCUGGGACCAGGAUGACACCCCCCACACUGUGGCAGUGUAUGGCCUAUUCUUAAUUGCUGCUAAUAUAAUGACCCUGCCCCAUUUCCCUGAAGCAUCAGCUAGGCCAGAGUGAUGUGUUACAGUAAAAGAGGAGUCUCCACUUCCCUUAGAACCAGAGGGAGCUGAGCUGCAGUGCUGCACCAGGCUUCUCAGCCUCCAAAGCCUCCCACUCCCAAAUGAGACGUAACUUUGCAUGUUUCCCUUCCUGGAAGAAAACUGUCAGAAGGGGAUACACGUUGCCCCUGCCCCUCUUCAUUCAAGCGGAUCCUGGCUUCUCAUCCUCCUCCACAGUGCCUGGUAGACAAGUGCUACGCUGAAGAAUACAGACCUUGUUAAGACUUGUCCUAUAGCUUGGUAUUACAGAUGUGCUAUUAGUGCAAUAAGGUGAAGGCCGUCUGCCCAGAGAAAUAAUUUAUAUAAAAUAAAUUUCAUAAAUAAA